CACGUGGGUUAGCUUGAGAUUUCUCUGUGAUGACGGAUUGGUCAGCCGACACAAACUCAAGAAAAAGCUAUGUCUACUUCCAAUUAAACCAAAACAAGCUAAGCUUUUGACAGACCGUACACACACACACACACACACACAUUGAAUUGUGACCACCCGAGCGAAGGGGGCCAACAUGUGGAUCACUCCCGAGGAAGUACUGAUUGCUAACGCGCUGUGGGUGAGUGAGAGGGCGAACCCCUUCUUCAUCCUCCAGCGGAGAAAGGGCCAUGGCAAAGGAGGAGGAAUUACAGGCCUGCUAGUGGGGACCAUGGACGUGGUCCUGGACUCCAGUGCUCGAGCAGCCCCCUACAGGAUCCUUCUCCAGACCGGAGACUCCCAGGUGUACUGGAGCAUCGCCUGUGGCGGCUCUAGGAUGGAGAUCACCACACACUGGGAGUGGCUUGAGGCCAACCUUCUGCAGACGCUCUCCAUCUUCGAGAACGACGAGGAUAUUUCCACCUUUGUGAAGGGGAAGAUCUCUGGUAUCAUCGCAGAGGAAAACAAGAGCAAGCAGGCGCAGGAAGAGGAAGACUCGGGAAAGUUCCGAGAGGCGGAGCUUAAGAUGAGGAAGCUGUUUGGAAUGCCUGAGGAGGAGAAGCUGGUUAACUACUACUCCUGCAGCUUUUGGAAGGGGCGGGUCCCCCGACAGGGCUGGCUCUACCUGACUGUCAAUCACAUCUGCUUCUACUCAUUCCUGCUGGGGAAAGAAGUCACCCUGAUCAGCCAGUGGACCGACGUGACCCGCCUGGAGAAGAACGCCACGCUGCUGUUCCCGGAGAGCGUGCGCGUGUGCACCCGAGACACGGAGCACUUCUUCUCCAUGUUCCUCAACAUCAACGACACCUUCAAGCUGAUGGAGCAGCUGGCCACUAUCGCCAUGCGGCAGAUCCUGGACAACGAGGGCUUUGCCGCCGACCUCUCGCUGCCCAAGCCCCGCAAGACGCUGAAGAAUGUCUCCGCACUCAAGAGGGACCUGGACGCGCGGGCCAAGAACGAGCGCUACCGGACCCUGUUCCGUCUGACCCAGGAGGAGCGGCUGGACGGACACACAGACUGCACGCUCUGGGCCCCCUUCGCCAAGAUGCACGUCACCGGUCAGCUCUUCAUCUCCAACAACUACAUCUGCUUUGCCAGCCGCGAGGAAGACCUCUGCAAUCUCAUCAUCCCCCUCCGAGAGGUGUCGGUAGUGGAAAAGGCUGACAGCAGCAGCGUCCUGCCCUGUCCUGUCUCGAUCAGCACCAAAAACAAGAUGAACUUCCUGUUCGCCAACCUGAAGGACAGAGACUUCCUGGUGCAGCGUAUCUCUGACUUCCUGCAGCGCACCCCGGACAGGAUGUGGAGCGACGCCAAUCCCCCUGGCCCCUUGAGCUGCUCUGGCCUUCCCUCGUCGUCCCCCGGGCCGUCCGGUUCUUCCCAGGCCCAGCGUCACUACCACCCUGGCCUGCCCACUGCCUCUCAGGGCCUGCUGCACAUCUACCAGCGGGACGACCCAGAGGGCCAGGGGCCCAAAGCCGCCAAGGAAAAGAUGAAGGAGGAGUCGUGGAAGAUCCACUUCUUUGAGUUUGGUCGGGGCGUGUGCAUGUACCGGACCUCCAAGACCCGAGAGCUGGUCCUCAACGGGCUACCAGAGUGCCUGCGGGGCGAGUUAUGGCUUCUCUUCUCAGGUGCGCAGAACGAGAUGGCCACACAGCCCGGUUACUACGGCGACCUGGUGGAGCAGGCCAUGGGACGGUGCUCCCUGGCGACGGAGGAGAUAGAGCGGGACCUCCAUCGCUCCAUGCCAGAGCACCGUGCCUUCCAGAACGAGAUGGGCAUCGCCGCGCUGCGCCGCGUCCUCACCGCCUACGCACACCGCAACCCGGGCAUCGGGUACUGCCAGGCGAUGAACAUUGUAGCCUCUGUUCUGCUGCUCUACUGUACGGAGGAGGAGGCCUUCUGGCUACUGGUGGCGCUGUGUGAGAGGAUGCUUCCCGACUACUACAACACCAGGGUCGUAGGGGCGCUGGUGGACCAGGGCGUGUUUGAGGAGCUGACCAGGGCCUGCCUGCCGCUGCUCUAUGAGCACAUGCAAGAGCUGGGGGUGAUCUCCAGCAUCUCCCUGUCCUGGUUCCUCACCCUCUUCCUGUCCGUCAUGCCCUUCGACAGCGCCGUUCUGCUGGUCGACUGCUUCUUCUUCGAGGGCAUAAAGGUCAUCUUCCAGGUUGCGCUGGCAGUCCUGCAUGACAACAUGGAUGCUCUGCUGGCCUGCAAUGAUGAAGGAGAAGCAAUGACCAUUCUUGGCAGGUAUCUGGAUAACGUAGUGAACAAGCAGACGGUUUCCUCUCCUAUCCCCCACCUCCAUGCCCUGCUUACCAGCGGGGACGAACCACCGCCGGAGAUCGACGUAUUCAACCUCAUCAAAUCCUCCUAUGAGAAGUUUGGCAGUCUACGCUCGGAUGUGAUCGAGCAGAUGAGAUUCAAACAGAGGUUAAAGGUCAUCCAAUCACUGGAGGACACGGCCAAGAGGAGUGUGGUGCGAGCCAUGAUGACAGAAUCUGCCUUCAGCAUCGAUGAGUUAGAGGAGCUCUACUGCCUCUUCAAGGCCAAACACGUCAUGAGCUGCUACUGGGGGCUGGGUGGUUCGGCCGCCGCGGACCGCCACGACCCCAGCCUGCCCUACCUGGAGCAGUACCGCAUCGACCUGGGCCAGUUCUGCCAGCUCUUCGGGGCGCUGGCGCUGUGGCGGUGCGGCGUGCACACGCCCAUCCUGGCGGCGCGCCUCUUCCGCCUGCUGGACCGCAACAAAGACGGCCUGGUCAACUUCAAGGAGUUUGUCACCGGGCUGAGUGGGAUGUACCACGGAGACAUGACUGAGAAACUGAAGCUUCUGUACAAACUUCACCUGAGCCCAGUGUUGUGUCCUGAAGAAGCGGAGUCUGCCCUGGAGGCUACACAGUUCUUCACCGAUGACAGAUCCUCUGAAUUUCCUCUCCUGUCUGACGUGGACUUCCUGGGGGGGCAGGAAGUGAGCUCAGCAGAGGAGGAUCUGAAGGAUGCUGCUGAUGGAGGUGGAGACAAUGAAGAAAAGAAAGAGGACAAGGUGAAGGACUACAAGUACUACCUGAGGAUGUGGGCAAAAGAGAAGGAACCAGAGAAGGAGACUAUCAAAGACCUGCCCAGGAUGAGUCAGGAGCACUUCAUCGAGCUGUGUAAGACCCUCUACAACAUGUUCAGUGAGGAGGGCCCUGAGCAGGAGCUGUACCACUCCAUCGCCACCGUGGCAAGUCUGCUGCUCCGCAUCGGGGAGGUGGCCAAGAAGUUCACCAACCACACCGCAAAGAACGCCCAGACCCUGGCUCCUUCCCCUCCACCCGCCGCCGCUCGACCCGAGGGCGAGGAGAGCUGUGGGGAAGGGUCUUCAGGACAGUCCCAGGACGUCUGCAAGGCCCUGGCCGACGCCCAGCUGGACUCCCUGCCCCCGCUGCAGGGCUCGGAUGAAGACGGCCGGGACGACACGUCCGUCUCCUCCUACUCCAUGGUGAGCACCGGCUCGCUGCAGUGCGACGACAUCACAGACGACACUGUCCUGAUUGGCUGCGGAGGGCAGAGGCGGGGCAGUGUGGUGGACAGCGAUUGGUCCAUCACGUUUGAGCAGAUGUUGGCGUCCGUGCUGACGGAGCCCCCCCUGGUGGACUACUUUGAGAAGAAGGGGGACAUUCAGACCAAGAUGGCCGCUUGUAAGGCUCAGCGGAACGUUGAGCGGCAGACCAGCUCGUCCAGCGACCACGACCUGGCCCAGAACUCGGUCUGAGCUUUCAUGUGGCCGUCAGUACAACAGCCACUGCUCAGUGCCGCUUCUAGUCCUGGCUCUGCCUCUUCGCUCAGGACGUGGAGAGGAUCGGGCUGUGUUGGUGUCUGCAGGCCUGUCUUGUUGUCUUGUACUGAACUGUAUCAUCACAACAUUCCUCCUGCCUUAUAAGACCGUGUACACGACACUCGCCUCAGUGUUAAAACAGAGGGAAUCUUUUUUUUAUUGCCAUUUUAUAGUAUUCAAUUAGUCAGUCAUUUCUUUAUUUUCCCCCUCGGUUUCUCUUUCCACGGACCUAACCUGUCUUUACUGUUCCAAAUGUGUCACAUGGCAUUGGUUUUACGAACCCGUACCUGUCAUUUUAUUUGUAUUAUUUCAAAUGAUAAAGCUAUGGUUCUUGUGUGUGUGUGUAUGUAU